CUCUCAAGGGCAAAUCGAGUAACCCAAAAUGAAGUCACCUAGCUUCUCAGUGCCUCUCUUUCUUCUUGUCCUGUUCUCAUUUUCGUGGGCAACUUCGGCCCGUACUCAUGACAGCUUUCUCCAAUGCCUUUCCGUACAUUCUGGUAUUAAUGCUAGACUCAUUUACACUCAAAACAGUUCUUCCUAUGAAUCCGUGUUGGAUCUUUCCGCUCGGAAUGCUCGGUUUUCUACACCAACUACCCCGAGACCUUUAGUCAUAGUUACGCCCUCCAACGUCUCCCACGUCCAAGCAACCAUUAAUUGCUCAAGGGAACAUGACAUGCAGAUUAGGAUUCGAAGUGGUGGCCACGACUACGAGGGUCUAUCUUAUGUUUCUAAAGUUCCGUUUGUCAUCAUUGAUUUAAUUAACAUGCGAUCAAUUGAUGUUGACACGGAAAAAAAGACUGCAUGGAUUCAGGCUGGUGCAACUAUAGGCGAACUGUAUUACAGAAUUGCAGAGAAAAGCACAACUCUUGCCUUCCCAGCUGGUGUUUGCCCCACUGUGGGCGUUGGGGGUCACUUUAGCGGGGGAGGUUAUGGCAUGAUGACGCGCAAGUUUGGCCUUGCUGCUGAUCAAAUAAUUGAUGCACACAUAGUUACUGUCGAUGGAAGAAUUCUUGAUAGAAACUCUAUGGGGGAAGAUCUGUUUUGGGCCAUUCGAGGAGGUGGAGGAGCCAGUUUUGGAGUCAUUGUGGCAUGGAAAGUAAAGUUAGUUUCUGUUCCAUCAACUGUGACUGUAUUUUCAGUGAACAGGACAUUAGAAGAGAAUGCAACAAAGCUUGUUCACAAGUGGCAAUCUGUUGCAGAAGCGAUUGAUGAGGAUUUGUACUUCAGAGUCUUUUUAAGAGCCGUGAAUUCAAGCAAAGAAGGAAAACGAACAGUACAAGCUUCUUUUACUUCCUUGUUUCUUGGUAGAAUUGAUCAACUAAUCGCAUUGAUGCAAGAAAGUUUUCCAGAGCUUGGAUUAGUUAAAGAAGACUGCAUUGAAAUGAGCUGGAUCCAAAGUAUCCUCUACUUUCCAGGAAUCCCACAAAGUGAAUCCUUAGAUGUCUUGCUUAACAGGACAGGUACAAUCAGGACAGUUACAGCAGGCAUCUUUAAAGCAAAAUCGGACUAUGUUACAGAACCUAUUCCUGAAAUUGCAUUAGAAGGUCUAUGGCAAUGGUUUUACGAAGAUGAAUCUGGGACGUUGGAGCUUAUCUUUAGUCCUUACGGUGGCAUAAUGGAUGAGAUUUCAGAGUCUGAGACUCCUUUCCCUCACAGGGCAGGGAAUUUAUAUAACAUUCAUUAUGCAGUAUCAUGGGAAGAAGAAGAUUCUUCAACAUCUCAGAAGCAUAUAAAUUUUAUGAGAAGGCUUUACAAGUACAUGGAACCCUACGUUUCAAAAUCUCCCAGAGCAGCUUACAUGAACUACAGGGAUCUUGAUCUUGGAAGUAAUAACGAAGGCAACUACACAAGCUAUACACAAGCAAGCAGAUGGGCUCUUAAAUAUUUCAAGAAUAACUUCAACAGAUUGAUUCAUGUGAAGAGUAUGGUUGAUCCGCAAAAUUUCUUUAGACAUGAACAAAGUGUCCCGACUCUUUUACAAGGAUGAGGAAGAUGGAUGAUAUAAUUAAAUAAUGCUUUAUUGAUAGAAAGGACACUCAUACUAUAUGGGGUUUUAGAUUCUCUCUAAGUAUAAAUAAAAGUACAUCUGUUAUGUGUGUAUUGAAAACCGAAUAUAUCUUUAUGUAUUUUUCAAAAUAAAUAUAUUUAGAGAUAAAACUUUAUAUACGUGCCUCGAAUUA